GUUCAUACUUCACCUUCAUCUGACGCUGUGUCGUGAUCUUUGAGUUCAUUUUCCACUGUUACUGAAUGUCACCAUGCGGCACGAGUCUGUGAUGAAGCAUGGGUCCAACGACCCGGGCAACUGAAAAGUAUUGCCAGUCUAUUCAACCUAUCAUUGAGAACUAAGCCCUGGGAUCCUUCGGGUCUCAACUGCUCCCAACACUAUGUUCGUACUGCCUCCGCCACCCCGGCCGGAUGGGUUCUACAGUUCCGUUGGCGGCCCUGGACAGCCCUUCGAGACGAAUAAUACGCUAUCGCAUCCCACCGGGCCGGAAUAUCAAUUGGUGCUCGGUGAAGGCACUUACAAUCUUACCGACGACCUUCUUCUCGCGACCCCGCCUCCCCAUCCUUCCGAAGCACCUGUACAGAACACCAAUCCCCUCGCAACUACGAUACCACCUCCCGCAGCCGGUACGAAGCUGUCUCUCAUCAUUCUUUCACCAUCCUCAUCCACCUCCGGUCCGUCGUCGAGUAGCCGCAGCCCCGCGGCCGGAAGCAAGAGCGACAUCGUGCAAGACAGCCCAGCUGCCAGCAAUACUGGGCGAAACCCCUCCUCUUUACUCUUAUCACGAACAGCAUGGAGUAGCGGCCUAGGCGGAGGAGCCCAUAAUGCUGGCACUGUGCGCUCAGUUCCUGAGAACGCGCCACAGGUCCCCCAGUUUGGAGCGGGGAACACGGCGUUGUAUCCACAGCCUAAUUCAAAAGAAACGAAGGAUGGCUCGAAGCGGCGAAAACCGAAGAACAACAUAGUGAAGAGCAAUUCAUCGUUUGUGUCCCGGGUGAUUCCUCAUGAAUCGCUGGGGAAGAGACUUGGAGAGCGCAAUCCGCAGGGGAUAUUGGCAUUUGCGAACAUCAAUCGAGGGUUGCAGUGGUUGGAUCUGAGCGAUGUGAAGAAGGACGAGAACCUCACGAAGAUAUUGUUUACCAAGGCACAUGCACUCUGUCACGACAUCAACCAACUCACGAAAUCCCAACAACACUUGGAUAUGGUGAUCGGUUUCUCGACCGGGGACAUUAUAUGGUAUGAGCCGAUGUCCCAGAAGUAUGCCCGUUUGAAUAAAAACGGUAUUAUUAACUCGUCCGCCGUCGCUGAUAUUCGCUGGCUUCCGGGCUCCGAGAAUUUAUUCAUGGCGGCGCAUUUUGACGGUUCGAUCGUCGUAUAUGACAAAGAGAAGGAAGACGCGCCAUUCACCCCCGAAAACACCGAUCGCCCAUCCGCUGCUCCUCAUUCCCAGGCCCGCCCAUCCACCGAUGCCUUUGCUUCAGCUGCCAAUUUAGCACAGAAUGUCGCUUCCGCUGCAAAUGGCGCAACGUCGUCAAGUGGAAGCGCGUCAUCGACGAUUAACGAACACACGAACGGUACGGGACGCGCGAAGUCGUUCACGUUACAGGUGUGCAAGAGCGUCCAAAGCACGAACCAGAAAUCCAAUCCCGUGUCUUUCUGGAAGAUUAGUAAUGCCAGGGUGAACGCUUUCGCGAUUAGUCCAGAUGCAAAAUACCUGGCCAUCGUCAGUGAUGAUGGAGGCUUACGAGUGCUUGAUUAUUGCAACGAGAAGCUUCUCGAUGUAUUCUAUUCGUACUACGGCGCUCUACUCUGUGUGACCUGGUCUCCAGACGGCCGAUAUAUCUUGACCGGCGGUCAGGACGACCUCGUUUCCAUCUGGUCGGUGGCAGACAGCGCUCUCGUUGCACGAUGCCAGGGGCAUGCCUCGUGGGUGACGUCGGUUGCCUUCGAUCCCUGGCGAUGCGACGAACGAAAUUAUCGAUUCGGCAGUGUAGGAGAGGAUUGUCGACUCCUACUAUGGGAUUUUAGCGUCGGCAUGCUGGGCCGACCUCGAGCAGCCUCCGUCCGACACCGACCCUCCAUUUCCAGCCACCUUGCCGUCGCACGGACACGGGCGGAAUCGUCCUCCACACAUCUUCGAUCCGACAGCAACCUAUCACGGCAGCCCAGUGGCGAGGAUGGAGCAGACCACGAGCUCGCCGAACAGGAAAUCGUGCAUCCCGUCGAACCGAGGUCGCGGACGGCGCUUCUACCGCCGGUGAUGGCAAAGCAGGUCGACGAGCAUCCGCUGUGCUGGGUGGGAUUCGUCGAGGAGGCGGUGGUGACGAGUUGUAUGAACGGUCACAUUCGUACUUGGGGGCGUCCCAAAGAAGGAGUCGAUACGAUCGCGGAAGCCAGUGACGGGGCUCCGUCUACGGCGGGGAGCAGUUGUUAGAGUGAAGUACCAUGCAAUCCGUCUCUAUGUCUGAGUUAAGACAUAGGUUUAGUUUAGCUGCCGAGAU